GCCUUGUGCUGAUUGUGCCCCUUCAGCUGUGGAUUUACAGGUUUCCCUUUGAUCAGCCUCACUGAAGUCUGAGCCAGCCCUUUUGUGGGUUGGGGGGCUCCCAAAAAGGCAAAGAAGAAGAUAGACGGUGGCUCCAAUGUUUUCUCUAUGUUUGAACAAACCCAGAUCCAGGAGUUCAAAGAGGCUUUUACCAUCAUGGAUCAGAACAGGGAUGGCUUUAUUGACAAGGCAGACUUGAGAGACACGUUUGCUGCGCUGGGUCGUCUGAAUGUCAAGAAUGAAGAGCUCGAAGACAUGGUGAAGGAGGCGCCAGGUCCCAUUAACUUCACUGUCUUCCUUACAAUGUUUGGGGAAAAGCUGAAAGGCACGGAUCCAGAAGAAACCAUCCUGAACGCUUUUAAGAUUUUUGACCCAGAAGGAAAAGGCCGCAUAAAGGCAGACUACAUCAAAGAAAUGCUGAUGACACAGGCAGACCGGUUCAGUCAGGAAGAGAUCAAUCAGAUGUUUGCUGCUUUCCCUCCAGACGUCUCAGGGAACCUCGACUACAAGAACCUGUGCUACGUUAUCACCCAYGGGGAGGAGAAAGACUGAGGGCAGAGAGAGGAGCUGCUCCUGGGGUGAUGCCCCAAGUCAUUUCAUGAUGCUCUCAUGUGCAAGACAAAGGAUGUGAAGCCAUGUGGUCAUCAGGAGAGAACCAAUAAAACACUUGAA